UAAAUCUGAAUGUGAUGAGCUAACAGCGAAGUCUUUGGCCAUUUUCCUUGGGACCAUGGCUCUUCUAUCACUCCAGCUCAGGUUUCACGUUUGCUUUCUCUCUUCCCUAUCUUUAUUUGUCACAACGUAAGGUUAUUAUUAAUACCCUCAUCUUCUUUUUCUCUCUUGUUUCCUUUCCUUUCCUUUUUUCUCUCAACUGUCUCUCUAUAUCAUGAUGAUGACCUUUUGCAAAAAGAGUGUUUUCUCUGUUCUAGGCCUCACCGCCGCCACCACAGACAACUCCAUCGAUUCAGAUUGUAAUAAAGCCCCUUAUAAACACAAAGAAGGCUUAGGGUUAAUCAUCAGCACCACCGCUGAAACUUACCGUCCGCCUAAUGUUAUUGAAUCCUCUCUUCUUAAAUUAUCGUCAUCAUCAUCACCACAAACUCCUCCACCACCGCCAUUCUUGAGUAUGUUUGAGAAGAAGGACCCUGGAGGGGUUGGGUUUAUCGACCUCAUGGGCAGUGGGGUGAAUGGGUUGAUGUCAUGUACUGAAAGCUUAGGGUUUGAGAGUUCGGAUGAGAUAAAUGUUAAAGAUGAUAAUUACACGAGAGUGGACUUGCCGACAAGGGCUGAAGGGAGAAAAAAUGUCAGUGAGAAAAGACAGUUAAAGAAGUUUCCACCUCCACUCUCGUCUUUCAACCGUAACGGUCAGCCCAGUUUCUUUCUCCGGUCUGUUAGAACAGACGGGAGACUAGAGUUAACUGAAGUUAGAAUCGAUCGCCAGGAGAUUUUACGCGCUUCAAGGCAAGAUGGACGGUUGAGGUUGCAUCUAAUCAAUGAAGAAGAAGAAGAAGAAGAAGAAGAAGAAGAAGAAUACAACAACAACAACAACAACAGUUAGAAGCAGUGGAAGAAGAGGAGGAGAAAGAUGAAGAGAGAAUUGAGGGGUGGCCAUUUAAGGGGGAAUUAUCAAGGAGAUGUAAUGAGGUGCGAAUUGAAAACCACCACCACCAUAAUAACCUCCAUGUGUGGAGGCAGCAUUGUGUGACAACCAGGUGACUUCUACACCUCUUCACAUGGGGCUGUGUGCACUGAAUUACAAAGGGACAAACAACCCAUGUCUCAUUUCUCAGUUCUUUUGAACUUGAACCCAAAAUACAUUACACCUAUCACUCCAACUGAAAAUUAUAUUGCCCCUAAUUAUUAAAACCUAUGAACCAUUUAAUCUCAUGUACAGUUGAUGUGAUAGAUCUAAUGUAUUUUAGGGUUUUUGUUAUGAGCUGUCAUUGUUGUCCAUGUAUAUCAGCCAAUAAUGGAGGAGGAGAAAAUAUGAGGGAAUUUUUCGGGAUCCAUGGUAACUUGAAGUGUCAACUGGGGGGAUGACCGAGAGAUAGAGAGAAGAGGGAACUGACUUGUUUACAAUUUGCCAAAUUUAGAUGGUUUGGUUGCCCCUAUGAAGGCUUGAAAUAUAUUAGACUUGUCUUUGGAAAAUGUCUUCAGUUAAAUAAGUCAUUUAAUUAUAAUAUAAAUGUUUUCGCCAUACA